AUGGAGAAUCGCGAUCUUGCUGAUACUGCUUAUAAAUCAAGAAAAAGGGUGUCUGGUGUAAUAAACAUCGAAAACUAUAAGCAUAACAAAAUAAAAAAAGCCAAAAUUGCUGGAAAAGCUCAUAAAAACCAUAAGGGAAGAGAUGUGGUACCAAGACAAACAGGAGCUUAUUGCAGAUGUAAGUUAAAAUGUAUGAAGACUAUCUCAGAAGAUAAUAUCCAAAGUAGUAUCUGUUUUAUUAACAAUUUUGAUAGUAAAAAUGUCCAAGACACAUACUUGCAGGCAUUGAUUGAAAAGCAGGAAAUACAUAGAAAACGCCCCAAAUCUGAAGUACCUAAGAAUAGACAAUUUACUUUUAAAUAUCACAUUAAGAUAGAAGGUGGUAAAUUAGAAGUGUGCAAAAAAGCAUUUUCCAGUAUCCAUGGAAUUUCUGAGAAACAAGUUAGACGUUUAUGUAUUUUAUUAAAAACAAACGAGCAACCUAUUGAUCACAGAGGAAAAUCACAGGGAUCACGGAGCAAUGCAAUAUCUGGUGAUACAUUAUCUAAAAUCUGGGAGCAUACUGAGUGA